AUGGCACCCCCGCGCCAGCGCACCGCCGCCAUCGUUGACGACUCGAGGUCCGAAGCCUCCAGCGGCACGCGAGAAUUCAAAACCAGCGCGCCAAAGAGUCGAAAGACCGGGACAGCAGCCAAGGAUAAGGCCUCCGUGACUAGCGCACCUAUAGCAACCGAACAACCAAUCGAGGAACAGCCCAGGGUCCCCUGGUCCGAUCUCCCCCUCGACAUCCUCCACGCCUACCGCCACGUCCACAAACUCCCCACCCCCUCCGCCUUCUCAACAGACUAUUCCCGCCUCAUCCUCUCCCAAGGCGUCGGCCUGCGCUCCCCAACAGCCCUCGCAGCUCGCCGCGCCCAAUCAACCCGCUCAUCCACCCGCGAGCGCAACGGUACAACCACACAAGACGCCGAGUCCUCGUCUUCGCUGCACCGCAUCGUCGGCCAAGACCGCGUGAGCAAGGACCAAUUCGCGCUGGUCGUUCGCAAACACUUUAACAGUGUGGGCCUGUCUGAGCAAGAGACUAUCGCGCGGUUCUUGUAUACCGUUCGUGAGGAGAGGAGGGGUCGUCAGUUUAGAUUGCGGUUUCAGCCUUAG